CUUGUCCUUAUACAGCUAUAUUUCCUCAAACUGAGAUGUCUAGCAAACCGUUGCUACAACUAAAAGCGCGUCCAUGGUUUCGCUGAAAGUCAAAGGUGUGAAUGGUGGGCUUUUACUAGCAGUAGCCUAUAAAAACAAAAGCGCGCACCAGUGCUGCUGGAUUAAGUGCACUGGGACGUCCUGAAGCAGGAUUACAGCAGCAGAUCUGCAGCUAUGGCUGACACUUUACGAAGACUGGUGAACUCAUCUCCGUACAGUGUUUUGCAAGACAAACUGGAAGCUUGGUACAAAGACUAUCAUGUGUUCUCUUGUGACCAGAACCUGAAUAGGUGCUGUGAGCUGGUGGAGCUCACCUCUAAAAUCCAGGGUCAAUUGUUCACCAUACUCAAUCUUACAGCACAAGAGGGGGGACAUUAUUCAGGGGUUGACACUCUAAAAUCUCGCCUUUUACCAUGGCUUGGCUCUUGCUUCACCAUUGCAGCUUCGUCUGUCUCCACAGAUACCAGCCUUAGCCUCAUUCAGGAAUCUGUGGAGAAAGAUCGCAAGAUUCGUGAACUGUCCUCAUUUCAUGAGAGUGACAUGCUGAAAAUAGAAGACCGGCUGUCUUCUACACGUAUGGAGCUGGAUUCAGUUAAACAGGAGCUUGCUGACACCCAGAUUGAACUGGAUUCCACAAAAAAUAAAUCUGCAACUACCCUGUUAGCCACAGAAGAUGAAAUACUACAUCUAAAGGCAGAGUUGCGAGUUGCUCAAGAUCAGGUUGAUCAAUAUAAGAGAAAGCUGGAUAAACUUGAUGACUAUGAGAGGCAGGUCAGAAUCCUACGAGAUGAGGUCUCGUUCCUCACCGCUGAAAAAACUGUUCUACAGGAGAGAUUGGUCAGGAGCCGUUCACCUAGUCCUCUUCCAAGGCGGAGUCGCUCGGUUAGCCCCGUGAGAGGCGAGUCUCCUACACGCGCCCAGCUCACUAGUUCCUCUCGGCAUGCUCGGAUGAUCUCCCGUUUCUCAGACCUGUAUGCCACAGAGAGGCUGGAUUCCCAAAGUCUACUGCGCAGAUACAUUGACGACCUGGAAACAGUCCAGAGGAUACUUUUUAUCGCUGUUGUGGAAUCAUUUCAGGCUGCUAAACUGGCCUAUCGGCAGUUUAAAGGACGUGUGAGGAAGACACUUUCCUCCACUCAUAUUGGUCCUGAGAGUCUGGAGGAUGCAGUGGUGGAUUACAUUGUGAGAAAUCUGGACCUGUAUGAUGUGCAGACCAGCGUUAAUGAAGUGAUCAACGCAAUGAACGUAAACCCACGCAUCUCUUUCCCUCCGGAGGUGGACUUUGUUCUGAUCAGCAGCUUCAUUAGGGAAGCAUGUCGAAUAGCAUUUGCCAUGCAAACUCUUGACCCACCACUGGACCUGGCCUUCAGCUCAGAUGGUGAACUCUACAGUGAUAAUAAGUACAGGCGCAGUUUUGACUCUGAGUUCACCGCUCCACUGGUGGCGUUUCACGUGUGGCCUGCACUGUUGGAGGGAGACACUGUCAUACUGAAGGGAGAGGCGGUCACUAGGAGAGGAGCUCUGUGGAGAAGCAGGAGUCGUAGUUCCAGUCCUGUUCGCUCUCGUUCAGGAAGCCCCAGCCGCACAUUUAUGCCCAGUCGUAGUCGAAGCCCUUCCCCUGGACUUCUGUCAAGUAGUCGACUUUAAAGUUUGAUACCUGACCUCACUUCACUGGAAACAGGACCAAACAAAAGCAGAAUAAUCAAAACAUAAAAAUAUUUUUUCAGCUUUAAUGUAUUCUUUUCUAUGUGUGGGAUGAACUAGAAACUAAAGUGGAAAACAAAUACCUUUACAAAUGACUCCAUACUUACGAAGAAUGGAGUCAUUUGUCAUGUUUAAACAGAAAGCACUAUUUACAAGAGAAAAUCCUCCAGAGGAUAG